AUGCACAGUCAGUUCAGAAGCAGCAUGGAGCAGUUCAGUUCGGCAACGCCCAACACGAAUUGUGAAGACGCUCACUUUUUUAACCCGUUUUACCAAGUUUUAAGCAGCCGCGAGGUACAAGGGCACUCGACCAUCUACGGCAGCACGGCCUACAAUUUCCGACUUCAGCAGCGAGACUUGCACGGCGACAGCGACUGGAGACGAGUGCUCCUGCGUUUCAUUUCGUCCGCCAAGCCCGCGACGCCGUGCAAGGUAGGUUUGAUUGUCAACUUUCAUCAUUUCAUUGACGUACCACUCAAGACCAUCAACGUGAGCCGGUACGUGGGGCCGGGCAUCAACUUCAUCAUCAUCAGAGGCAAUGCCAUUCCCGAGGGCCUUUGCAUUAAGGUCAUCGUGGUGGACAGAACCCAAGAACCCGGCCUGCUCGCUUCUCUAGGUGACAAUGGAUGUGGCGCCGAUGACGUGUCUGCGGCAAGAGCUCAAGCCGCAGUCGCAGAUGUCAAGGAGGACCAAGACGCCACAGUGGAGUGCGUUACGGUGUCGCUCAACUGUCCGCUAAAAAGGGCGAGGCUCGUGGCACCCUGCCGUGGUGCCGACUGCCGGCACAUACAGUGCUUUGACGCUUUGGCCUACCUGAAGUUGAACGAAGCCACUGUUUGGCCUUUGUGGCGAUGCCCUGUCUGCGACAAAGACGUGGACGUGCAAGGACUCCGAAUGGACUCCUUCAUGCUGGAUGUGCUGCGGCGAGCGCCCGAGAAAUGCGACGCGGUGCAGGUCUUCGGGGACAGACGCUGGACUCCGCUCCUCGACAAGCGUGUCGACGUAAUUUGUAUCCAGGACAGUCCAGUGAGCCAGCUCAGGCCAGUGAGCCAACUCAGGCCUGCGAACGGGAAACUCGAGACGUCCCUCAUUGACCUGACGAAUUAUUUUACGAAAGAUGCCUAG